UGGCGACUCAAAUUGUCUGCCAUGACCACAUAAACCCGAGCCGACUUUUCGAGCCUCGAAAGGCCGGCUGACCGACCGAUCCUCUCCGUUCUGCCAUCAGCAAAACGGCCAUUUCAACCUCUGCGAUUUCGCACAAGCAACCCCGGCGCGACAUCGCCAUCUCCAAAAUGCCGACCGCAAUAGAGAACGAUUUUGUGGCCGAGCCUGGCAUUGCGCCUGAGCUACCUGUUGGGGCCGAGCCCUUUGUCAUUAUCAAACAGGACGUCGAACUCGAAGUCAAUUUCAUCGAGAAGAGCAUCAGCGGCGUAUCGACCAUUCAUCUAUUUACGAUCAACCCUGACCUCGACGAGAUUUUCCUCGACGCGCGCCAGUCUGAGAUCGACCUCAAGAAUGUCACCGUGGAUGGAUUCAGGACGAACGCGUCGUUCUCCGACCCGUACGACCUGGCCCGGACCCCACCCCAAUGGCAAAUCGGUGCAGCACAACACCACAUCGUCAAACGGCGGAUGGCAUCACUCAGACCCGCCCGGCGAUCCGAGGUACCGAACAAGGACCGAGAGAUGCUUCCCUGCUGCGUCCCGGCCGAUCGUGCUGUCAAGGUCUCUCUGCGCCCCGAAGGCGUCGUCAAGGACGAGCCUCGGCGGACCCUUAAGAUCAAGACGUUGAAGGCCGAUAAAGACACUCCGCUUGACCGACCCGACCCGAACGACGAGAAGAAUGGAAUUAAGAUUUCCAUUCCUUUCUCCUCGAAGAAUAUACGCGACGGUCUGCAUUUUGUCGGUCUGGAUGAGGGCGACCAGAGAUAUCCUCAUGUUUACACCCGCCACUCGCUAGAACCGGGGACCGCGUCUUGCAUUUUCCCCUGCGUUGACGAUCCGGGGUCGAGACACCCAUGGAAGAUCUCGAUCAAAUGCCCGAGAACCUUAGGAGACGUCUUCGAGCAGCCUUUGGCUACACAGCAAGCAGCUGCUCAAAGUCCAGAUUCUAGCCGGAAGCGGAAGCUCGGCGAAGCCCCCCCAACGCCCCCGGUGUCUCCGGCAUUGGCUGAGGAAGACAAGCUUAUGGAGAUGACGGUAGUCUGCUCCGGAAACCUUGCGGGGGAGCAGAUCGACCCCGAGGACGGCAAGAAAAAAAUCAUGACCUUCGAAUCGCAGCUCUCGGCGGCACAGCACAUCGCGUUCGCCAUCGGCCCCUUUGAGCACAUCCAGCUAUGGUCCGAAUUUCGAACCGAGGAAGCAGACGAGAAGCUCGGCGCUAACGCCGCCAAAAUCCAUGCCUACUGCCUCCCAACCCGGGCCCACGAAGUUCGCCAUACCUGCGCUCCGAUCGUGGCAGCGGCUGACUUCUUCGCCCCCGAGUUUGGUCGCUACCCCUUCGAGAGCUACAAGGUCUGCUUUGUCGACGACAUGGUCUCAGACACCGUAGCGGCAACAUCAAUGUCGCUGUGCAGUAAUCGGCUGCUCUACCCGGAGGACAUCAUCGACACCGAGAUCGACGGGACAAGAACGCUGGUCCACGCCUUGGCGAGCCAGUACUUUGGUGUUCACAUCGUCCCAAACCAGCGGUCAGACGCCUGGCUCAUAGUCGGCAUCCAGUGGUUCAUGACGGAUUUGUUCAUGAGGAGCAUCUGCGGCAACAACUGGUAUCGGUUUCACCUCAAGACCUUAUCGGACAAGCUGGUCGAGGUCGAUGUGCAUCGGCCGUCUCUCCACGAUCUCGGCGAGUACCUGCACAUCGGCGACUUCGAGUUGGACUUUAUGUCUCUCAAGGCACCGUUGGUUCUCUUUAUCCUCGACCAACGUAUGUCCAAGAUACCCGGGUCGAUGGGCAUUGUUCGCGUCAUCUCGCAGAUUGUUUCGAACGCGAACAUCAACGCCACAAUUACCAGCACGUCGCUCUCCGACGCGGAUUUCCGGCGGGCGUGCGAGAAGAAGAGCCAGUACCAGCCCGACGAAUUAUGGCAGCAGUGGGUGCACGGCGCCGGUUGCCCAAAGCUCCUUAUCAAGCAGCGGUUCAACAAGAAGAACUUGAACGUCGACAUCUCCAUUGCCCAGACACAGAGCAAAGAUAACGGGGCGAAUGCCAUUACGAAAGACGAGUUCUUGAAGGAGCUGGCAGAAGAGGUGCAUGAAGUGUGGGCCGGUCCGGUGCCCAAACUCUUCACUGGUCCCUUCACUGUUCGAAUCCAUGAAGCCGACGGUACACCCUAUGAGCACUACCUCGCUAUCACGGACAAGGACAAGUUGGCGACCACGCUUCAAAUCGCUUACAAUACCAAGUACAAGCGAAUGAAGCGCACGAAGAAGGCCACGGCGGCGGCGGCUAGCAACACUGCCGACAAACAGGAUAUCCAGGAGGACGACAUCGUCUAUUUUAACAUGCUAGGCGAUGUGCUCAUGACUCAACGCGACCUUGAGAACUGGGGUCUCCAGGAAUGGUCCGACAAUGUGCAAUCCGCCAUGGAUCAAGAGUCGUAUGAGUGGAUCCGGCUCGACUGUAACUUUGAGUGGCUGUGUGAGACGGUGACCGACAUGCCCGGCUACAUGUACCUAGCUCAGCUGCAGCAAGAUAGGGACGUCGUCGCACAUCAAGAUGCGAUGCUCUUUUUCCAGCGCGGCAAACGGCACGGCGUGGCCUCCAGCAUCGAGACACGGACGGUCAUGGACCGCCGCUACUUCCACGGCAUCCGCACCAGGGCCAUCGACGACCUACCCAAGCAGGCCGACCCGGAGAUCAACUACAUCGGGACGGCUCAGCUGAUUCUGAUUUUCCGCCACUUCUUCUGCGAUCGCAUGGUUGGCAAGAACGGCAAUGUCACGUUCCCUCCAGUGCCAAACGACUUUCACGACAAGGCCCAGUACUCGGUACAAUGCGCCCUCCCAGGCGCCAUUGCACGCACGAGGGAGAACGGUUUCUGCUCACGCCAGGCGCGGAAUUUCCUCCUCGAUCUGCUGCUCUUCAAUGACAACUCGGACAACGAAUACUCGGAUCAUUUCUAUAUCGCGAAGCUCCUGGAGGCUCUCACCACCUCCAUCGUUCCCGACAAAAUGGAGGGCGAGAGGGAUCUUUUCUCGAGGCUUGGGGUCGACGAGGAUGAUGACAUGGAACUCAAACGGUUCAUUGAGAAGACCAUCGAGGAGAUUGACAAGUACCGUCGCAUGGACGAGUGGACGUCGACGUACCAAAACAUAUGGACGACGACUGCGCUGCACUGCAAGAUGCGCCUGAUGAAGGCCAACGUCAUCCGCACCCAACCGCUCGAGUUUGUUCGGUACCUGCAAGAUGAGAACCUCGAUCUCAUCAGGAUCAAGGCUUUCGAGUGUCUCGUCGAACUAGGACUGCUCGCCAAGGUGCCGAUUAUGAAGCUGCUCCUCGCGAGCGCGAGCACCGAUCCGUCGCCCUUUGUCCGCGACCGCCUCUUCAAGAUAUUCUGUAAAGGCAUGGCGGCCGUCGCUUUGGGCGAGAGCAAGGCCGCUCAGCUCGAACCAGAAGCAGCCCUCGACGACAUCGGCUUGGUUGUCGAGCAGGGCGAGGCCGAGAUUCAACGGAGACAGCUCGCCGCGACUCGCAAUCAGAGCAUCCAAGCAGCCGUCAAGGCACUGCAGGAGGAACUGAAAGGCAACGCUGAGCUGCAGGCCGCCAUGUGGACGGCCGUAGAGUCGCCGUCAAUCAGCAUCAAGGAGAAGUUCCAGCUGCUGACCAUCUGCUCGGCCAUGUUUGAGGCUGAAGAUUGUUUGCUAAUGACGUUCAACUACCCCAAGGUAUGGAAGUGCACGAGGGAGCCUGUUGCCGAGGGGCCGACUGCGCCUCAAAAGCCGAACGGCAAAAAGCAGUGCAUUCUCAAGUUUACUACCCACUACCGCAUGCACCCGCGGCAUAAGCUGGUGAUGGAGCCAGCGCCGCCGCCGCCGCCGCAGUGGGAACCCCCCAAGCCUGCGGAGGUCAAGAAGAUCAAGCUCAACACCAAUAAAUCUUUCAGCGGACCUUCAAACAACGGGCCGCCUACUCCAGCACCUCAUGUUCGGAAGGACUCCAUUUCGGUCACACUACCUCGGCCGGCGGUAUCGGCGGCAGCUGCAGUGGCCUCCUCAGACUCGAUCUCCGUCCAGCCCCUCGCCCGGCUGUCCACACCUCUGGCAGGGUCGCCCUCGCCGGCUACUGCGGUAUACAGUCAACAGCUGAAUGGCGCAGCCAAGACGGGAGAGAAGCGUCCCAAGCCGGUGAAGAAACGGAAGAGUGACGAGGGUGAGGUCGUCGACCGUCCAAAGAAGGUGGCGAGAGUGGAGAGCAGCAUGAACGGCCGUCCUAGAAAGAUUGUCAAGCUACCUUUUACCGCCUGGGAUAGGCUGCCAGCGAGCAUCAGGGAUAGUAUCCGUGCCAAAAAGGCGAACCCCUCGACGUCAUCAACGAUCGUCGCGACGCCUGCACAUGCGAAACGCUCUGCGCUGCCCGGGCACCCCGAUUCGUCUUCCUACGCGACGGCUCGGCCGUGCUCCCCCGCGACUGAUUUACGGUCAUCACCAGGGCUCAACGGAGGUCACUCGGGGAUUAAGAAGCGCAAGCCGCUACCCUCGGCGGCUCCGCAGCAUCACUCACCACCCCCGCCGAGCACCCCCGCGACUACCGGGGAGACCACUGAGCCGAAAAAGAAAAUCAUCAAGCUCAAAUUCAGACCACCUUCGCAGGCGUCGCGGCCGCAGACACCGCAUGGCGGAUAGAUUCGCCUUGGUUUCUCCCCCCAAGAAUCCUGCGACUUUCCGUCUGUCGACACGAAGUGAAUCCCCAUCAAGGGCGUUAUUCGGCGCAGUGGAUCGGCAAAUUCCCCGAAGUAGGGUUGCCAUCCCCCGGCAACAAUCAACAAAACAACACGCAAAAUUCAGAGAAAACAAAAAAAGAAAUUGGCUCGUCUCAUUUUACAGCACAGCAGCAAGGCGUUCAGGUUGGCUUUGGGUUGCUCGGCUGGGGUAGGCCCGAGCAUUUUUAUCACGGUUUUUAUCACGGGUCAUUCGGUUAGGGUAAAAAGGGGUUCGGCUCUGGGCAUCAGAUUUGUU